CGCCGCGCAUGAAUCAUUACGUCAGCUUACCCGGCAUGCAACUGUGUUAGUUAACAUGGCGGCGUAGAUGAAACGGAACCAUAACGUACAAAACUGAGAAAAACGAAGCGAUUGGUUGGUCUGUACUUUUGAGUUUGGGAUUUAGAAAACACUGAAAAAGGCCAACCUUUUACAAAAUGGCAGGAGAACUGACUGAUAAGAGGGACCGUGAUGGGUCACCAUCCAAAGAGCGCAAGCGUUCGCGUUCCAGAUCUCCGGAAAGAGACCGUGAUAGGAAAUCUUCACCCUCUAAGGACAGGAAGCGACAUCGAUCUCGGGAGCGAAGGAGAUCUCGCAGCCAUUCCCGUUCACGCUCCAAAUCCAAUGAAAGGGACAGAAGAAAUAAAGACCGAAAAAAGGAAACUCAUCGGCGAGACAAAGACAGAAAGAGGUCUAAGACCCCAUCACCCAGCCGAGGGAAAGAUUCCAAAGUGAAAAAGGAUAAAGAGGUAAAGAAAGAAGGGGAUGAGGAGAACCAAACUGAGAAAAAGUCAAAGGCGCAGCCCCUUUCACUGGAAGAGUUGUUGGCAAAGAAGAAAAAAGAGGAGGAAGCAGAGGCUAAGCCUAAAUUCCUUUCUAAAGCUGAGAGGGAGGCUGAAGCUCUGAAACGUAGACAUUUGGAAGUGGAAGAGCGGCAGAAGCAUGUGGAAGAGGAACGAAAGAAAAGAAAACAAUUCCAGGAUAUGGGGAGGAGGAUGAUGGAGGAUCCACAAGAGAGAGAGCGAAGAGAGCGCAGAGAGAGGAUGGAUCGGGAGAACAAUGGCAAUGAGGAGGAUGAGGGAAGGUUAAAAGUCCGUGAGGAGAAAGACAAAACUAAAGAACUCCAAGCAAUAAAGGAACGUUAUCUGGGAGGUAUAAAGAAGAGAAGACGAACUCGGCAUUUAAACGACAGGAAGUUUGUGUUUGAAUGGGAUGCGUCAGAAGACACCUCUAUUGACUAUAAUCCACUGUACAAAGAGAGACACCAUGUUCAGCUUCUCGGCCGUGGAUUCAUUGCUGGCAUAGACCUGAAACAACAAAAGCGCGAACAGUCCCGGUUCUAUGGUGACCUCAUGGAGAAGAGGAGGACACUUGAAGAAAAGGAGCAGGAAGAAGUGAGACUUCGCAAGCUGAGGAAGAAAGAAGCCAAGCAGCGCUGGGACGACCGGCAUUGGUCUCAGAAAAAGCUGGAUGAAAUGACAGACAGAGACUGGCGUAUCUUCCGUGAGGACUACAGCAUUACCACAAAGGGUGGCAAAAUUCCUAAUCCUAUACGCUCUUGGAUUGACUCCUCUCUGCCCCCUCAUAUCCUGGAAGUCAUUGAUAAAUGCGGAUACAAGGAACCAACUCCCAUCCAGAGACAAGCCAUUCCUAUUGGUUUGCAGAACCGUGACAUCAUUGGUGUGGCAGAGACUGGCAGUGGUAAGACUGCUGCUUUCCUCAUUCCUUUACUGGUCUGGAUCACAACCUUGCCUAAGAUUGACAGAAUCGAAGACUCUGACCAAGGACCAUAUGCAAUCAUUCUGGCUCCUACAAGAGAGUUGGCACAGCAGAUUGAGGAGGAAACAAUUAAGUUUGGAAAGCCACUGGGAAUACGUACUGUGGCUGUCAUUGGAGGCAUCUCUCGUGAGGAUCAGGGAUUCAAACUGAGAAUGGGCUGUGAGAUUGUGAUUGCCACUCCUGGACGUCUGAUAGAUGUACUUGAAAAUCGUUACUUAGUCCUGAGUCGUUGUACUUAUGUGGUACUGGACGAGGCUGACCGCAUGAUUGACAUGGGUUUUGAGCCUGAUGUCCAGAAGAUCCUGGAGCACGUGCCAGUUACCAACCAGAAGCCAGAUACUGAUGAGGCGGAGGAUCCUGAAAAAAUGAUUGCCAAUUUUGAAUCUGGAAAGCACAAGUAUAGACAGACUGUUAUGUUUACAGCAACCAUGCCACCUGCUGUAGAGCGAUUGGCGAGAAGCUAUCUCCGUCGUCCAGCUGUGGUUUACAUUGGCUCAGCAGGCAAACCUCAUGAGAGAGUUGAGCAGAAGGUGUUCCUCAUGUCCGAAGGCGAGAAGAGGAAGAAGUUGCUCAACAUCCUUGAGAAAGGCUUUGAUCCACCAAUCAUUAUCUUUGUCAACCAAAAGAAGGGUUGUGAUGUUCUGGCCAAGUCAUUGGAGAAGAUGGGAUACAAUGCCUGUACACUUCAUGGUGGUAAAGGACAGGAGCAGAGAGAGUUUGCUCUGUCUAACCUCAAGGCUGGCGCUAAGGAUAUCUUGGUUGCCACUGAUGUUGCUGGUAGAGGUAUUGAUAUUCACGAUGUCUCCAUGGUUAUCAACUAUGACAUGGCCAAGAACAUUGAAGACUAUAUCCAUCGUAUUGGAAGAACCGGCAGAGCUGGUAAGAGUGGUGUUGCCAUCACUUUCCUGACCAAGGAAGAUUCCUCAGUGUUCUACGAUCUCAAGCAGGCAAUCCUGGAAAGCCCAGUGUCGUCCUGUCCUCCUGAGCUGGCCAACCAUCCGGAAGCACAGCACAAACCUGGCACCAUCCUUACCAAAAAGAGGAGAGAGGAGACUAUCUUUGCAUGAGCUCUUCUGUUCAGGGUCUUGAAGGGUUUUGUAUUUGUAGUAUUGUAUGUGCUGCCAUUGCCAUCACUGCGUCACAUUGGUACAAUGCAAUGUAUGGUAAGGUUUCAUUGGGAUGGAAGGACUGUAGUUACAGUAACUGCAAAUGUCCCACUUAAUUGAAUGGAGUGGCUGGAAUAGAUAAUUCUUUGAACACAAGAAAUCUAAAUUGUGCAGGUAAGAUUUUUCUGAUGUAUCUCUAACUACAGAAGAACAGCUUUCAGAUUAUUUAUAAAAAUAUGGGUAACAAGAUUUGUCAGCAGUGUUUGUCAUCAGUAUAAACCAAACUUUCCUCUGUGGACAGCAUCAUUUGUGCCAGCUAAAGUUUUUUUUUAAAAAAGAAUUU